GUCAAUUGUCACUUUUCAUGAGUUGUCUACACUUAUUGGGAUUGAAAAUUCCCAAUAAAUAAACAAAAACGCCGCUAUGGGUCGCCGCAAAUCAAAAAGAAAGCCUCCGCCGAAACGAAAAGCUAUAGAACCUCUUGAUCAGCAGUUUAACUGCCCAUUUUGUAACCAUGAGAAAUCCUGUGAAGUCAAAAUGGAUCGUGCCAGAAAUACCGCUCGAAUACAAUGUCGAGUUUGCUUAGAAGACUUCCAAACCACUACAAAUGUUUUAUCUGAGCCAAUAGAUGUUUAUAAUGAUUGGGUGGAUGCUUGUGAAACUGCUAAUUAAUUAAGUUAUGUUAUUUUAAAGUAUCAGUAUGUGUAUUUAAAUUGUACUCUGUUUGUCUCAAGAUGAAUGUCAAUAUCUUAAUUUUUUAAAUAAAUUUAUUUAAAUAUUAAUAAUUUAAUCAUAUUAUUGUAAAUUUUUAGUAGCAGUUAUGAUUCAAUUUCAAUUCUUGUUUAUGGCUUUUGUCUGUGCCAACUGGGCACAAGGUACUUCGCCAAUGUCUU